AAAACAAAGUGCGGAACGUCAUUUUCAGCUGAUUGCCGUGCGUGGCUGAUAAGCUUUUCGCCUAUUUUCUGAAUUUCGUCAGGAAAUAAAGUAUUGCCAAGUUCUGGUAAUGUAAGAAGUUUUUGCUCAACUCGUGAAUUCGAACCAAAUUAGGGAAUUUCCAUAAUUCUUAAACUUCAAAGUGAACAAGUCAACGAAGUCCUAACCUGCCACCAUGUCCGGCACAUUUGCAUUUCUAAAGAGUAAGCCCAUCAUUUUUAUGAGCUCAGUUGGCGUGGCUCUGAGCAUAGGAACACUUUUAAAGGACAACAUGCAGGGCGGCCAGUUCCGCAAGGCAGUCAGCGCCAAUGGCAAAGUUGUCAUAGUUACCGGUUCGAAUACGGGAAUUGGGAAGGAGACGGUUCGGGAAUUGGCUAAGCGGGGAGCGCACGUUUAUAUGGCUUGCCGGAAUUUGUCUAAAUGCGAAGAGGCAAGGGAGGAGAUCGUGGUGGAAACCAAGAACGGACACAUUUACUGCCGUGAAUGUGAUUUAUCCUCGUUUGAAUCGAUCAGAAAAUUUGUUGACGAGUUCAAGAAAGAGGAGAAACGGCUGGACAUCCUCAUUAACAACGCGGGCGUUAUGAGGUGCCCUCGAGCAGUCACUAAGGAGGGAAUUGAAAUGCAAUUAGGCGUCAAUCACAUGGGACACUUUUUGCUGACGAAUUUACUGCUUGAUUUGCUUAAGAAAUCCGCCCCAAGCCGAAUUGUGGUAGUGUCCAGUUUGGCUCAUACCCGCGGAGAAAUCAACGUCACCGACCUAAAUAGCGAAAAAUCCUACGACGAAGGCAAGGCAUAUAAUCAAAGUAAAUUGGCGAACGUUUUGUUUACUCGGGAGCUUGCCAAGAGACUUGAAGGCACAGGAGUAACAGUGAACGCUCUUCAUCCUGGCGUUGUCGACACGGAAAUCAUGCGUCAUAUGGGAAUAUUCAACAAUUUCUUCUCAAAGAUUAUUGUUCGGCCGCUCAUUUGGCCAUUCCUCAAGGACGCCAAGUCAGGGGCACAAACAACACUUUAUGCAGCAUUAGAUCCUGAACUGGACAAAGUUUCCGGCCAAUAUUUUAGCGAUUGCGAGCCGAAGGAAGUGGCGGAUGCCGGCAAAAAUGAUGACAUGGCCAAGUGGCUUUGGGCUGUAAGCGAGAAGUGGACGAAGGCAUCGACAUAGAAGACUUUAUUUAGGGAAAAGGUUAAUUGUUGUACAUUAUCGUAGUUUGUUAAGCUGACUUAUUUUCGAAACGGAAAAUAUAGUUUUGUUAUGUGA